AGAGUGCGUUCGCCAGUACCGUGGCGUCCGCCGUCCGCGAGCCGACUUUAAACUGCUCAAUUUACUGCCACACUUCAUACCAUUUUUGGUUUCUUUUUGUUUGUGAACGCCGUUUCUUUUAAUUCCCUUAUUUUUUUUUUUUUUUGAAAAUAAGAUCGAUUGAUACUCUUAUCAAUUUAGUGACCGUUCAGUUUUUUGUUAUUUUUUACAUUGAGAUUAAUGAAUAUUUUGUGUGCUUACAACACGUGUAACAAGAUGAGCAUGCAAAUGAGCUAUUAUUUCUGAUAAACAAUAACAAUAAUAACAAUCCCAGACGUGAGACUUUAAGCGAAAGCGAAAAAAAACUUGAACAAAAAUGAGAUUCAUAAAUUACACUCAUAAAAAUAAUAACAAUAAUUACUAUUGUUAUUUAAUUAUUGUAAUCACAUUAAUCUCACGUUGUGGAUCUGUGGAGGUCAAGGCCGAGCUGAAUGAGACAGAAAGCAAUGAAGUGACGUCUAACAACGUAGAUCACAAUUGGAUGGACGACAAGCCAGACUUGACGCACCCGCAUUCCGUCAAAGACAAGCCUUCGAAAUUUGAUUUAGAUACUUCCGGUUCAAUCUACACCGACUCAAACUCACCCUCAACAACGUCACCAUCCGAGUCUUUGACGUCAACGUUACCGAGUCCGACGAACCCCAAUGCGAUUGACAGCAAAACCUGCGACGAUUUGUCGGUCAAGUGUUUCAGAAAAGACUUGGAAUUUUUUUUAGACACCGCACAGACCAAAAAUGUCCUCAACGUUUCUGAUUCGCUGCAAAUAGUAAAGCGAAAAAAUUUUACGGCUUUUAGUACCAGGGAAAGUUUAUUCGACAAAGUCCACAGAUUUGCUAAAAAUUACGUCAUGAAAAUAAAUUUAAAUAAAAAUUUAAUCGAUUUACGGCAGCCUAGAACUUUUUUUGGCACUUAUUUCGAUGGAAAGAAUCCAUUUUUAACAGGGUUCGGCCUUGGUUUUUUAGCAUUCGGUUUGAAGAAGCUGCUGUUUCCGUUAAUCAUUGGUGCCCAGAUUGUUAAAAGUAUCCUGAUAGCACUUUUUUUGCCGAGUAUCAUUGGAAGUAUUGGUAAAAUGGUUGGAAAAGCAGGAGUUUCGUCGUUUGCGCAGUCGUCGCAAGGAGUUACUGCGCAGCCGGACGAGAAUUUUGAAUUUAAAGACAAUUCUGAUUUCUAUGGUGAAGAUUACAUGGCACGACAGCCACUGGGUACAUUACCGGCCUCCGCGAUGUACGAUGAGGGUAUGAUGGUCCAGAAACCGGACUCCCGGUAUUCGUACAUCGAUUCGAGGCUCUCGCCGGCUGCGAUGCUUAAUGACAGAUAUUACACCAGACAUGCCGCUGGUGGUUAUCCUAAAAAACAAGAUUUUAAGGUGUUCCAUGACAUUCCGUCAAGUUCAUUACUCCUAACAAAUUACGAUCCAUUUUACUCACCCCUACUUUCGCGACUGGACGCAGUAUUUUCCCGCCUGGGGCACACGACCGAGGGAUGUCGCGAGUACGCAGUCUGCGCAAUGUACCGCAGCCCAGCCCGUUUUGCCCCAUACUCAAAUCUAAUAUCAGCGCAAUUGUCACGUGAAUUAAACGAGUUACGAAGACCGUCGAGUGACAAUCCAGAGACGCUGAGAUUUUUCCGGUACAUGAAGGCCGCAAAAGACGGCCAGGAUGGGGUUAAAUGUGAAGACGUUUACGUAAAUUGUGAAAUAGCGAGAGACGACCCUAGUUUAAGACAAAACCAAGCCAUGCUUGCGACAUAUCAGGACAUCGAUAAGCUCGUCCAUGCCAGAAAAUUAUAGAAAUAGGAUUUUAAUUUAAACUAAUAGAUAAUUAUUUAUUUAUUUAUUUAUUUUAAAGUGACUCAAUUUAUUUUGGUGUCAAGGACAUUAUUUUGAUAUCAAAGUGAUUAAAAUUAAAUAGACUAAUAAUUAAUAUAUUUAUUAAUCGUUAAGUUUCAUUAAAAAAAUAUUUUCCAGUGAAAGUGUAAUUAAGAUUUUUAUCAUUAAUUAUGUAAAAAAUAUAAGAAGUAACGAUGGAAUAAGAUGUAUGAUAAAAAUAUAAAUUAUCAUUUAAUAUAUGAUAUACGAAGAAGAUUUGUUAGAUAGUAUUUAAAUAUAUUUAUAUAUAUCACGAGUCAAUAAUCAAAUAUUUUAAUUAUUUAUUUAAAUAUUAAGUUGUAACACUUGAAUCUUCUUUGACUAUCGAUUAUUCCGUCGAUAUUUCUCACGAAAAAAAAUGAACUUUUGUAAUUACGGUGUGAAAAGUUAAAUAAUUACACUGGAAAAUUUAUGUGUAAACUUUGUAUGGGUGUAGAAAUAAUUUGCUUAAAAAAUUUUAAUGUUCUAUACUCAGCUUUGAAAUGUGAGACAGUAACCAAUUUUA